AUGUUUGUUAUACAUUAUAUUUGUACAAAAUAUUCAAAACAUAUACAUACAAAUGGUACAAAACAAUUUAUGUUUCUUAAUACUAUUAUGAAUAAUAAUGAUUUAAAUUAUGAUUUAAAUUUUCAUUGGAAACAAUGUUUACAUAUUGAAAAAUUUCAUACAAAAAAUCAUUAUGGUUUUACUUAUGGACGUUUCGGUGUAAUCAGUAUGGUUGGUUUUGUUCGUUUUCUAAUGAUCUAUGCUAAAAUGACAAUGGUUACAUAUAAAAUGACUAAUUUAUAAUAAGAAAUUGAACUUCAAAUCAAAUCAUCAUAUAAGUCUGAUAUUUUCAUUUUCAUUUUCA